AUGAUUUCCGCUCUCACUGCCCGAGCCUGUCGCCGCUUGAGCUUCUCGCGUGCUCCCGGAAGGACUCUCAGACAUGUGGGAGCCCUGAGCCUCUCUAGCCCCAGGCACUAUUCGGUAGAUUCUCAUGCUGGUUUAAGGAGUAUUCUUAAGGUAUCGGAAGAAGUGCAGGAUGCCAUCGCUACCAACAAACCAGUCGUAGCCCUCGAAUCGACGAUUUACACACAUGGAGCCAUUGAUGACCUGGGCCUGGAAGACAUUGUUCGUCGCAAUGGCGGCGUCCCAGCUGUGUGUGGUAUCUUUGCCGGUGUACCGACGGUCGGAUUGUUGCCCCAUGAGAUUAGUCGCAUGGUCAGCGAAAAGGCACACAAGGUUUCCCGAAGGGACAUUGCUACCCUUACGGGCAAGGGCCUGUUAGGAGUCAACGAACAUGGCGGCACCACCAUCUCUGGCACGAUGGUUUUGGCUAAGCUCGCCGGUAUUCGUGUCUUUGCCACAGGGGGCCUUGGAGGUGUUCAUCGCGGUGCCGAAGACUCGAUGGACAUUUCCGCCGACCUGACUGAGCUGGGACGAACACGCGUAGCUGUCGUGGCAUCCGGAUGCAAGGGCUUCCUAGACAUUCAGCGAACUCUCGAAUAUCUCGAGACGCAUGGCGUCGUUGUUUCGACGUUUCUCCGCGGCCGUCAGCCAGACAAAGUUACUUUCCCGGGCUUCUGGUCUGUCGAGAGCGGCCUCAAGACACCCUCGACUAUUCGCAAUGAGGAGGAGGCGGCGUCCAUCAUUCUAGCGCAGGAGAAGCUGCAGAUCGAGUCGGGCUUGUUGUUUGCCAACCCUGUCCCGGAGACGUACUCGAUCCCCAACGCCGAGAUGGACGCCAUAAUUGAGCAAGCUGUCGCCGAAUCUGCGCGCCGCAAUGCCUCCGGAAACGAAAACACGCCCUUCAUCCUCAAGCGGAUUCGAGAGUUGACCUAUGGGAAAAGUGUGGCGGCCAACCUCGCCCUGGUACAGUCCAACACCGAGAGCGCUACUAAAAUUGCGGUAUCCCUUGCAAAGAUGUUGGAGCAAAGCAAAUAUCCAUGUAAGAUGCUAAUCAUAAUUGGAACCUACCAGAUGUCGCUCCUACAGGCUGAUAUCCUGGUGGCGGGUUCUGUUGCUAUAGACGUGACGUGCGAUUACACGGGGAUGGAUAGUGAUACAGCACCACAGCCACAUCUCCAUACAUCCAAUCCGGGCCGAGUCUCUCAGCUAGUCGGGGGAGUUGGCCGAAAUGUCGCACUUGCUGCCUACAGGGUCAGCUCUGGUUCCGGGGUGAGGUUCUGCAGUGUCGUCGCCAACGAUAAUGCUGGAACCUCAGUCAUUGCCUCAUUAGCAUCGUUGGGCAUGGAUGUCUCGUGCAUACGGAAGUUGGACGCAUCCAUCAACGAGGACCUCAGGACAGCCGAGUACAUUGCCAUCAACGGAUCUGACAAGAACCUGUUCUUGGCCGUGGCUGACAUGAACAUCUUCACCUCUAGCGCCAUCCCGGACGAUUGGGAGCAUAUUAUUGGCCAAUCCAAGCCGAAAUGGGUGGUUGUGGACGCCAACUGGAAUGCGUCUGGCAUUGCUUCGAUAACAAGAGCAGCCAAAAAAAGCGAUGCAAGCGUGGCUUUUGAGCCUGUCUCCCAGGUCAAAUCCGAAAGGUUGUUCGACGGGGUUAGUAAGCUUGGGGUGUUCCCUCGCCAGAGCAUCGACCUUUCCACGCCGAAUCAUUACGAACUGGGCUCGAUGUACAAGGCUGCCAAGCAGAAUGGCUACCUUGAGGGUCGAACAUGGUCGUCUUGUUACGAUGCGAUCAACUCACCAGACUUGGAUGCCAACUUGAGAGAGCUAGCAUCCAAGCGUAGACUAGAGAUUGAUGUUCUGCGGCAAGCGAUAAAGCUCUUGCCUUAUAUUCCCACCUUGAUCACUAAGCUGGGACAUGACGGAGCAGUCCUGGCUCAGAUCCUUCCCAAGGGGGACAGCAGGCUGGCUGAUCCAGACGAGAGCCAGUACGUGUUCAAGGCGGCUGGUGCGAGUGAAUCUGGCGGCGUCUACCUCCGCUUCUACCCCCCGGCGGAGAGUGUCAAGGAUGCAGUCUCGGUAAAUGGGGUAGGCGACACUUUCUUAGGCAUUCUGAUCGCAGGGUUAGCAGCUGGAGGGCGGAUUGACAGGCUGAUUGACGUGGCACAGAAGGGUGCUGUCAUGACGCUGCGAAGCCCCGAAUCUGUCAGUCCCCACCUGGGCGACCUCAGCAGGGCCGUGUUGGAAGCAGCAUCUUCUAAAUAA